AUGUGCGGGUGCGGGGGGGUCCGCAGGCUCCGGGGCGGGCGGAGGGAGGGGUUUGUGGUGCGGUCCGAGGCCGGCCCCCGCCGGGCGGCUCCAGUCCCGUCCCGCGCCAUGCUACGGCUGCUCAGCGCCUGCCUGCUGCUGCUCGGGGCGCGCCCGGCCGCGGGCCAGGAGCCUUCGGGCGCCGCCUGCGGGCCCUGCCUGCCGGCGCUGUGCCCGGCGCUGCCCGCGCGGGGCUGCGCGCUGGGCCGCGCGCGGGACGCCUGCGGCUGCUGCUGGCGUUGCGCGCGCGGCGAGGGUGAGCCGUGCGGGGCCGGCGCGCGCUGCGCCGCGGGGCUGGAGUGCGCCCCCCGCCCGGGCCGCGCCGGGCCGCCCGCCCUGUGCGUCUGCAAGAGCCGCUACCCCGUCUGCGGCAGCGACGACGUCACCUACCCCAGCGCCUGCCGCCUGCGCGCCGCCGCCCUCAGCGCCCAGCGCCGCGGCCAGCGCGGGCCCAGCCUGCGCCGCAAGGGGGCCUGCGAGCAAGAUACAGACUACCACGGCUGCUAUUCUGAAAACUGUAAAUACAGACGCUUGGAUGAUCCAGCACAAGAAGGGCCUUCCAUUGUGACUCCCCCUAAGGAAAUCUGGAAUGUCACUGGAGCAAAGAUUUACCUGAGUUGUGAAGUCAUGGGCAUUCCAACCCCAGUGCUCACUUGGAAUAAGAUAAUAAGGGGACAAUAUGGUGUCCAAAGGCUGGAGCUCCUGCCUGGAGACCGUGACAACUUAGCUAUCCAGACCCGUGGUGGUCCUGAGAAACAUGAAGUGACUGGCUGGGUAUUGAUAUCUCCUUUGAGUAAAGAGGAUGCUGGAGAGUAUGAGUGUCAUGCAUCAAACUCCAAAGGAGAGGCUACAGCCUCUGCACGAAUUACUGUCAAUGCCUUACAUGAAAAUACCCAUAUCUAAAGAUGAUGAUGCAGAGCUGUGACGUGAGGACUAUAUCAUUUAUGCACAGUUUAAGUUAGUGUUUCGGAAAGCUACAGCCACUGACUUCUUCUAGCCUGAUAAUCAGUUCCUUAUCUGACUCAUUCUUCCUUUUUUGUAAUGUUUUGCUUACAUGCUUUUGGCAGACAUACAAAUAAAUGUAAUUCACAUA